AUGAAGUCAUUUUCCACAUCUCGCAUUCCUCCGUUGGCAAUGAAGAUAUCGACAUUGUUUCUGCUGCUGCUUCUAAAUCUCAAUCUUGGGAUUUGCCAGGAUGACCAUCCUCAAGUUCGAUGUCCGGUACGUUUGUACUGUAAAGAAAAUAAAACCAGUAUUCUUGAGCUGCCUGCCUAUCCCUCUUCAGUGAAACUCCCCGUCCGUAAUAUUAAUUACGCAUCAAAUUCUUUAGAAAUUUAUGAUCCCAAAUACUGCCUUACUGAACUCUUUCUCAAACUCAAUUACUCAUCAUUUUAUCCUUUCCGAUCCAUUAGAUAUGGUUUCGACGAUAGCGAAUUUUCUCUUGAUCACAUGCGGACCAACGUUACUUUCUUUAACUGUUCUUCAAGAGGGCAAUCAUACCUGAUAGAAUUCGACGAAGCCGGACAAGAUAUUUCAUCUUGUCCGAUUCGUGUGGCUCAUGACGACGACGAUGCUAUCGACUCAAAAACUGUGUUCUGCACAAAACUGGUUCGUCAAGUUAUGCCAUUGCCCGCAGAUGUGCUACGGGAUUAUUUAAUCCAAUGGGUAUGGAAGAGAAGUUUCCAUAGUGGCGAUGGAUGCUUUCUCCCUUGCAGAGACUCUGUUUUGGAGAAGCCUAAAUCAGGGAAGAAGUAUGAAGCCAUUAUUUUACCCAUUGCAGGUGCAGCUCUCCUUGUGUCAAUACUCGCUGCCUUGUAUUAUAUGCAUCACUAUUACACAAACAAAGGGGAAGAUCAACAAAGAGUUCAAACUUUCUUGAAGGACUACGAGGCAUUCAAACCAACCAGAUUCUCUUAUGCUGAUAUCAAGAGAAUCACUAAGAAUUUUAAGGACAAGUUAGGCGCAGGAGCUCACGGAGCUGUCUACAAAGCUAAAGGGAUUGAAUAUCUUCACCAAGGCUGUGAUCAAAGAAUUCUGCAUUUUGAUAUUAAUCCUUACAAUGUCUUGUGUCUUGUAAGUUUCACUCCAAAAAUUUCAGAUUUCGGUUUGGCUAAGUUAUGCUCCAAGAAUCGAAGUACUGUAUCCAUGACUGCAGCUAGGGGAACGUUAGGGUACAUGGCGCCAGAAGUUUUCUCCAGAAACUUCGGCAAUGUAUCUUACAAAUCCGAUAUCUACAGUUAUGGGAUGCUAUUGCUUGAGAUGGUUGGAGGAAGAAAGAAUACAAACAUGAGUCAGGAAACAUUUCAAGUUCUGUAUCCGAAUUGGAUACACAAUUUGCUUGAAGGAGAUGAUACGUAUAUUCCUAUCGACGACGAUGGUGAUUUUAGAAUCGCAAAGAAACUUGCAAUAGUGGGACUAUGGUGCAUUCAAUGGCACCCUGUGCACCGUCCGUCCAUGAAAAGUGUAGUUCAAAUGCUUGAAGGAGAGGAAGACAAGUUGAAAGUGCCGCCAAAUCCUUUUGAAUCUGGCGCUGAGAGUAGUUCAAGUGCAAAUAUUCCAGCAAGAUGCUUGAAUUUGGAAUUGGAAGUGAUUCCAGAAACAGACUAGUUUGAUUUAAGAUAGUAUAUUAUUAGGCAUGCA